GUCUCUUUUUUAAAUUUUCAAAAUCAUUCAAAUUAAAAACAAAUCAAAUGGCGGAACAGCAGAAAAAACGCUUGGAAGGUGCCAUUGGCGACAUGAUUGAGGAUAUGUACAAGACUCAUUUAAGAAGAAUGCAAUCCACAAUGCAUCGCUGUGCCGCUCAUUGCUGCGAUGACGAACGCGGCACAUUGGAGAGCGUCCAGAACUGCAUCGAGAAAUGCGCGCUUCCAUUGAUGAACGCCCAGGACUACUUGCAGCACGAGCUGGGACAGUUUCAGAGUCGAUUGCAAAAUUGCGUCAAGGAUUGCAACCACGAUGUGCGUUCCAAGUUGCCAACUAAUCCGACCGAUCGGGAUAUGUCGCGUUCCCAACAUCUUUUCGAGCGCUGCACCGGCGAUUGUGUGGACAAACAUAUCAAUCUAAUACCCGGCCUCAUGAGAACCAUAAAACAGGUGCUGGAAAAGGGUGAUUCCAAAGCCGCGAUACGCAUUGAGCAACGCAGUCAAGAGGCGUAGAGAAAGAGCCAGGGAUUUGUAGUUCGUUCUCAAUCUGCGGAGCUUAUUUUGUCUAAUGAUGUGCAAUAUAUAUAUAUUUUUUUGUCGUACUGCCGAUCCAAUAAGACAUAUAUAGUAUAUACAUAUUGCA